AUGAGCUGUGGUUGUGGGUGCCCCAAGCCUGAAUGCCAAAGGAAGCAGCAGAACGGCUGUUCCAAAUGUCAGCAAAAGCAGCAGAUGCCAUGCAGCAAUUUCGGCUGCAAUAGCUGCUGCUGUCAGAACCCCAACGAGUGUUCGAUGUUUGGAGCGAACUGUAAGUGCAUUCGUCCUCCAACACCUCCCAUCGUUGAGCCAGAACCUCGUUGCUGUCCUUACCUGGUCUGUCCUUGUCCAGAUCCUUGCAUUAUCCCUGAACGAGACACGUGCGUAAAACGACCUGAAGAUUGUUGCGCAAAUAUUGGCUGUAAUAAGGUGCCAACUGGAUACAAUUUGAGUUGCAAAUCUUGCAAUCGUAACUGCCCAGUGGAAACGUAUUGUCCAGUUCCCAAGUCUUGUCUUCCUAGGUGUACUCCCAACUGUCCUCAGAGAUAUCCACAUCAUCCUUGGGCUCAGAUAGACACCCGGCACUACAAUGCUCUUUGA